AUGUCCGACGACGAGGACUAUUAUGAUUUUGAAGAGGAAUAUCUCUACGAAGACGCAGUUCCUGACCUUGUCGUGAGUCGAACCACCUAUAUGUCCCCCACACGACCAGCUACUAACAAUCCUCUUUUCCCCCUGCAGGACGAACUCGCCGCAUCCUCAUGGUACGAAGCGGCUCUGUACGAAGACCCGGGCAUUGAAGUCGAAGACUACUUCAGUGACUGGGAUUACUACUCAGAUGACUACCACGACGACGACCCGACCGUAGCGCAGAGCAGGCCUCGCACGAAAAUCGAGCCCGCAGCAACCAAGACGAAGAAGACUCGCGCCCACGCCGCCGCCCGACCACACCAUCCCUUGAAACUCGACAUCACCUCCUUCCAGGGCGUCGUCUGGAAAACAGACAGUCUGGAGCGCGAUACGGAUGUUUCGGUCCAAAUCUAUGAGCCCGGUCAGCUGGACAAGGUCGCUUUCCUGCAGGACUGGAGGGAGAUCUUCAAGUCUGCCCAACCUGCGCUGGAUAAGUCGCGAUUAAGAAAAAGACGCGUCCCGGAGCCCCAAGCGUCGGAUAUGUCAUCUGGGGAUGACGAGAUUCUGAAUGAUGCCGAUGAGGAGUACAGUGACGAUGAUCCUAUGUCUGAUGUUGAGUCGGUGGAUCAGGAUGGGAGUAUGGAUCCUGGGGAGGGAUCGAAUACGACGCCUGAACCUGGUCAGUCGCCGAAGGAGGCUCCCCGAAUUGCUGUUGAGAUUCCGGUGAAACGGGGCCGGAAGCGUAAGGCUGAGGCUCAGGCUCCGACUCCGGUUGAGGAAACGAAGAGUAAUUCCAAUGAUGUUUCGACAAGGAGUCGAUCAAAACGGGUUGCUUUAGACAAGAGUGAAGAGGAGGCGAGCUCGUCUGGUCCGGUUCGCCGCUCUGCCAGACAGAAGAAAUAG